CGGCGGCGAGAGGCCUUCCCUUUCUCCAAGCUCCCUCAGCGAGGCGCGCAAGGUGCUGUGUCCUUCAGCAGAAGCUAAGGCCGAUUUCCCAGCCGGCGACUAGCACCGCGCACCGACUGCCCGCCAUGGCCUCCGUCUCCGAGCUCGCCUGCAUCUACUCCGCCCUCAUCCUGCACGACGACGAAGUCACCGUCACGGAGGACAAAAUCAAUGCCCUAAUCAAAGCAGCCGGAGUGAAUGUUGAACCUUUCUGGCCUGGACUAUUCGCAAAGGCCUUGGCCAACGUUGACAUUGGAAGUCUCAUCUGUAAUGUAGGAGUUGGCGGUGGUGCUCCAGCGGCUUCAGCCCCAGCCGGUGGAGGGGCUCCUGCUGGUGCUGCUGCUCCCGCUGAGGAGAAGAAAGAGGAAGAAAAGAAAGAAGAGUCAGAAGAAUCCGAUGAUGACAUGGGCUUUGGUCUCUUUGACUAAGCAGACUUUUUGUACUCUUUGCUAAUAAAGAUACAAAAGCAUGUAAA